GGUGGAUGUUGGGAUAAAGUCGUCCGAUAUACGCAAAUGGUUCAUGAAGCAACACGACAAAGGAAAUGGGGGAUCGAAACAAACUACAGUAUCACAGAAAUCUUCUCCGAAUGUCCCCGAGAAGGUCAAAGAAGAUGAAGGAAAUUUCCAAAGGAGGAAAACAAGCAAAUAUUUUGCUGUUGCUUCUGAUGCAGAGAAAAAGUCCACACCUUUAGUAAAAGAUGAAACUGCAGCUGAGAUGGCUUCUUCGAAAAGGAAGAUCAAAAAAGGUGAUGAUAAUAUACAUAAUGAAGUCAAACAAUCACCAGCAAAAAGGUUUCGUAAGGUGGAUGUUGCUGCUGAUGACGAUGACUUUGCACCAUCGUGCGAGAAAAAAAAGCUGACCGAUACCGAAACUUUAAAAAAAUUGAAAAGCAAAGCUACCGGACUAAUGAAAAAUUCAGUUGAUGGUGUUAAAAGUGAUGAAGCUGAAAAUAAUGAUAAAGACGUUGAAACCCCUGUUAAAGGUGGAGGAAGGGGCAGAGGGGGAAGCGGAUCAGCAUCUGCAAUAGGUGGAAGAGGAGGAAGAGGUGGAAGAGGUGGUUUCAUGAAUUUUGGUGAACGUAAAGAUCCACCACAUAAAGGAGAAAAGGAAGUCCCUGAAGGUGCACCUGAUUGCCUUGCUGGUCUGACAUUUGUCAUAAGUGGCACACUUGAUAGCUUAGAAAGAGAAGAAGCAGAAGAUCUAAUAAAACGCCAUGGUGGUCGUGUUACAGGAUCUGUCAGCAAGAAAACAACUUAUCUUUUAGCUGAUGAAGAUAUCGGAGGAAAGAAAUCUGCAAAAGCAAAAGAGCUGGGCACUACCUUCCUAACAGAGGAUGGACUAUUUGAUAUGAUCCGCAAAUCAAAACCAGCAAAACCUUCUGGACAAAAUGAUGCUAGAAGUAAAACUCCUGUAAAGAAAGAUAAAUUGCUGGAAAAAGACUGUCUUGUAAAGCAAGGGUUAAAAGGUACUGAGCCUAGCUUAGGGAUUAAAAAGAGUGCUGCAGAAGAUGUUCAAUCAAGUAUCUCUCACCAAAAGAGAAAAGUUAAGGCUGGUGAUUCGUUAACUUGGACGGAAAAAUACCGUCCCAAGGUUCCAAAUGAUAUUAUAGGAAAUCAAUCACUUGUUAAGCAACUUCAUGAUUGGCUAGCCAAUUGGCAUACUGAGUUUCUGCAUGCUGGUAAAAAGUCAACCGGUAAAAAACAGAGUGAUAGUGCAGCCAAAAAAGCUGUAUUAAUUAGUGGUACACCAGGAAUUGGGAAGAGCACUUCGGCAAAGCUCGUUAGCCAAAUGCUUGGUUUUAAUGUCAUUGAGGUCAAUGCUAGUGACAGUCGUGGGAAGGCUGAUGCUAAAAUUGUUAAAGGGGUUGGUGGAAGCACAUCGAAUUCUAUCAAGGAACUCAUUGACAAUGAAACUUUGAGCAUAAACAAGAAUAGGUCAAAGCAUCAAAAAAUGGUGCUAAUUAUGGAUGAGGUUGAUGGUAUGUCUGCUGGAGAUAGGGGUGGAGUGGCUGACCUUAUUUCUAGCAUAAAAGUUGCUAAGAUACCUAUCAUUUGCAUUUGUAAUGAUCGGUACAGCCAAAAGUUGAAGAGCCUUGUCAAUUACUGCAUGCUGCUUAACUUUAGGAAGCCAACUAAACAGCAGAUGGCAAAAAGGUUAAUGCAAGUUGCUCAGGCAGAAUGUCUUCAGGUUAAUGAGAUUGCACUCGAAGAACUUGCUGAAAGAGUUAAUGGAGAUAUGCGGAUGGCAUUGAAUCAGUUACAAUAUAUGAGUCUCUCUCUAUCAGUUAUCAAAUAUGAUGAUGUUAGGGAACGCCUUCUUAGCAGUGCAAAAGAUGAAGAUAUUUCACCUUUCACAGCUGUUGACAAGCUGUUUGACUUCAAAGGUGGAAAAUUACGUAUGGAUGAGAGGAUUGAUUUGAGCAUGAGCGAUCCUGACUUGGUGCCUCUUAUUGUUCAAGAAAACUAUAUCAAUUAUCGACCAUCAUUAGCUGGAAAGGAUGAAAAUGGACUAAAAAGAAUGAACCUGAUUGCUCGGGCUGCUGAGUCAAUUGGGGAUGGUGACAUUUUUAAUGUACAAAUUAGAAGAUAUCGACAAUGGCAGCUUUCCCAAGCAGGUUCUUUCGCAUCUACCAUAAUCCCGGCUGCUUUAAUUCAUGGAAAUCGGGAAAUAUUAGAACCUGGAGAAAGAAACUUCAAUAGGUUUGGUGGAUGGCUGGGAAAGAAUUCGACAAUGGGAAAGAACUUGAGGCUUUUGGAGGAUGUCCACAUUCACAUCCUUGCUUCUCAAACUUCUAAUUUAGACAGGCAAAACCUACGGAUUGACUACUUGUAUCUUCUUUUAAAACAACUCACCGAUCCACUUCGAGUUAUGGCGAAGGAUGCAGCUGUUCAAACUGUUGUUGAAUUCAUGAAUACAUAUUCCUUAAGCCAGGAGGACUUUGAGACGAUUUUGGAGCUAUCCAAGUUCAAGGGUCAUCCAAAUCCAAUGGAUGGUAUUCAACCUGCAGUCAAAGCUGCCUUGACUAAGGCAUACAAACAAGGAAGCAGCACUCGUAUUGUGAGGACUGCUGACUUGAUCAAUCUUCCGGGCAUUAAGAAGGCUCCAAAGAAACGAAUUGCAGCAAUUUUGGAGCCUGUGGAGAAUAGCAUGGCAGAAGAAAAUGGCGAUGCAUUAUUGGAAAAUGAAGAGGGUUCUGAUUCUGAAGAAGCUGAUGUGAUCGACCAAAUUGGUGAGACUAGACCACAACUAGAUCUGCAUACUGAUAAUCGUAAAGGAAUUCAUGUUCAGCUUGAUCUGAAAAUUGAGGAUGGCAAAUCGAAUAGUAAGAACACAUCUGCUUCCAAAGCAAGGGGUUCUGGAUCCUCGGGCAAGGUGGGUCGAGGUGGUUCAGCUGCUGGCAAGAGGAAGAGAUGAAUAUAAUGCUUUGCAUAAUGAGCUGUUGUCGGGUAAAUCUCUUUAUAACACGGUCAUUUGGCUUCCAAAUUUUGCUCAUGUGCAUGGAAGGUGUCCAUUCUGUUUCGUCAUGUUCACGUUUUGUUCUGUUCUUUUUUAUCUUUUCAGUAAAUCUUAAGCCUCCAGUUGUCUUCUUCUAUUUUACGUUAUCUGUUCCUGUAUAUUCAGACUUACUAUGGUUUCUUUUCAAAUGUUGCUUCACUUAUCUACUUGAUUAAUUUGAAAUACUAGUUUAUGUUUUUCAA